GUUUUUCGCUUUUUCUCUUUGAACUCUUACAUACUUUUAAGUGAAAUCCUUCGAAAAGCGAAUUUCCGUUUCCUUUUACUUGGACUCCUAAUAGUUCUUAGUCUUCAAGAAUUAGUAGUCCUAAAUUCUAAACCAUCCAACAAAAAAUGAGGGUCUACAAGUGUAUCGUAACAGGUGAUGAACUAUUCACAGAUACUUACCCAAUAGAAACAGUAGGUGCACUAUACAAGAUCAAAGGAAAAUAUGUGACCAGAUCAGACAAAGUGGAUGAUUCUUUGCUUGGUGCUAAUCCCAGUGCUGAAGAGCAAGAUGAGGGCACAGAUGAAUCAUCAACAUCUGGAAUCAAUGUUGUACUUGACAAUAGGCUUCAACCCACUAGUUUUGGAACUAAGAAAGAGUAUAUGGCCUACUUUAAGGACUUUGUCAAGAGAAUGGAAGAGUUUGUUAAAUCCAAAAAUCCUAGUGUUGAUCUUGAUGCUUGGAGAUCAGGAGUACAAAAUGCUUUCAAAGAAAUAGCCUCAAACUUGAAAGACUAUGAAUUUUAUACAGGAGAAUCCUCAAAUCCUGAUGGAAAUAUUGCCUUAAUUAAAUGGGAAGCUCCACCAGGUGAAACAGAUGAAGUUCCUUAUGCUUACUUCUUUGUUGACGGUGUCAAAGAGGAAAAAGUGUAAUGAGUUGCAGUCUUUGGUAUAGUCAUUGAACAUCUUCCAGUACCAAGUGUAUAAACGACUUGAUUUGGACUAACACUGACUCCUCUCAAAGUUUAUUUAUUUAUUUGGAGACUUGUGCUUACACAUUUGGACAUGUUUACAAAGUUUCACUAUCUUUACGUAUAGAUUACCUUGUAUUUCUUGAAAGAAAUAUUUCUAUUGGCUGAUAGACACCCUCAACAAUGAAAGGCAAUGGGGGCAGACUAAUUUUAAGAAACUAUAUUACAGAACUUCACUUCUGAUUUACAGACAUUUUUAACUAGGAUACUUGACAAUUUAAAGCUUGUAUAAAUGCAUGAUUGAUAUUGCUUGUGUUUGAAUGGUUGUUGAGUGAAGAAAUGGCAUCCAAAUUAAACAAAAGGCAAUAUAA